GGUUACCAGGAAGUUGCAUCAAACAAAUGUGGGCAACACGCAGAUGUGACUGAAAAGAGGAGAAAAGCAGCCAUGAGUCUAUCUGCAGCAGCGAGUCUCUUUCUCCUCUUUCUCUUCUGUGAAGUGGAACAGACUUACUCUUCAUGGGGUGUGACUUAUGGCUCCCAGUACAUCUGUGCCUUAAAAGGAUCUACGGUGAGAAUGAGCUGCAUGUAUAGACACCCAUCGCAGGAAGGUAACAUAAAAAUCAGCGUCACACAAACAUUUUGGUUUGCUAAAACUGAUGAGGGCCCUGUAGAUGUGAAGACACAGGAGGAAUAUGCAGAUCGCCUGGAAUACAGCAGCUCAAAGAAAAAUUGCACUUUGACAAUUAGAGACGUGAAAGAGAGCGACUCGGCUGUCUACAAGUUUAGGUUCAUUACAAGCAGGUCAGGUGGAAGCUAUACUGGUGAACCAGGAGUUGUGUUAAUUGUCACAGAUUCAGAUCCAAAUCUAACUGUCAGGAAGAAGAGUUCAUCCUGGAAUAGUAACCUAAUAUGUUCCAGCUCAUGUGUUUUACCUGAUCAUUCUACAUAUGUGUGGUACAAAAAUGGAAAAGAUAUGGAGAUAGGGACAUACGUUUAUAACACAUGGGUGGAUAGUGACGACACCUUGUCCUGCGCUCUGAAAGGACGUGAGGAUUUCCCGUCUCCUUUAUUCUGUGUCAAUAACAAAAGAUGUAAUAAAGUGACUUACAGUCAUGCAAGAAUCUGUGCAUUGAAAGGUUCUUCAGUGAGCUUUUAUUCCAGUUUCAAUUCAUAUUAUUCCUCAGAUUUUGUCAUAUUAUUCUGGUUCAGUCCUGGACGCAGUAAAGAACCUGAGGACCUAAGACAAGACCCGAGAUAUUUGGGUCGAGUGCAUGUCAUUAACACAAUACCACAGUCCACCCUGACAAUUAAGAACUUAACGGAAAAUGAUUCAGCAGAGUAUCGAUUCAUAUUCAAAACAAACCGGGUUACCUGGGGGAGUGAUUUACAUGGAACAACUCUGACCGUCACAGAUCUGCAGGUGGAAGUGACAAGAACUUCAACCAACCAGGAUCCACAAUAUGCAGAGCUGAAAUGUCACAGCAGAUGCACCCCAACUGGCUAUUAUUAUUACAAAUGGUUCAGGAAUGGACAGGACAUUGGUCACAGCAAAUCUACUUAUAAAGUGUUGAUUAACACGACAGACAGAAUCUCCUGUUCUGUAUUAUCGUUUAAGGAACACAAAGCUCCUGAAGUGUAUGCUCCAGUUUUAACUUCUGUGUCAGCCGAUCCCUCUGAUGGCAUAGUUGAAGGCAACCGAGUGUUUCUAAAGUGUAGCAGUGAUGCUAAUCCACCCGCUAACUACACUUGGUACAAGAAGACUAAAAUGUCAGCUCAUCCACUUCACAGAAAAGAUUCAGAGUUUUACCUGAAUCCCAUCCAGGCGUCUGAUUCUGGGGAAUAUUUCUGUGUAGCCAAGAACCAGUUGGGGGAAAGCAGAUCUGGGAACCUUAAUAUUGAUGUGAAAUACGCUCCAAAACGUGCGGAUGUUUCCCUGAGUCACGCAGAGAUAGUGGAGGGUGAUUCAGUAAAUCUGACCUGCAGCAGUGAUGGAAACCCAGCACCUUUUAACAGAUGGUACAAAGACAACCAAAUGAUGCUUCAAGGACAAGGAGGCGUGUAUCAGUUCACUUUUGUCAAGUCUGAGGACAGCGGGACGUAUUGCUGCGAGGUUGGGAACAUAUAUGGAUGGAUCAACUCUUCAACUGUUCUUAUAAAUGUGGAGUAUUCUCCAAGGCUUCCCUCUGUGUCUGUGAAUCCUCCUGGUGACGUAGCAGCAGGUAGUUCAGUGAAUCUGACCUGCAGCAGUGCAGCAAACCCUGCAGCUAUGUAUGCCUGGUACAAAGAGGAUUCAACUUCCCCAGCAGCAGAUGGACAGACGUUUACCAUUGUGGACAUCAGAGGUGAACAUGGUGGAAAUUACUACUGUCAAGCCAGAAACAGCAGGGGACACCAUAACUCCACCCUUCAUCUGAUUGUGGUUUCAAGUUCAGUUUCAUCUGCUGUUGUUGGGUCAAUCAUGUUUCUACUCCUGAUUGGUUUGUUUUUGUCUGCCUUCAUCAUUUUUAGAAAAAAGAAGGCUGUAAGGCAAAUUCAUCAGACCAGAGAGGGACCAGGAGAUAACGAGGCGAAGAGAUUGGGUAAUUUGGGCCGACAUCUGGAGAGUUCAUCAACUGCAGGACUUGGAAAUUCAGCAGAUCAAGACGACGUUUGCUAUGCUAGCGUACAUUUCUGUAAAAAUCAAGAGGAACCUCUUUACUCCAACUUUGUACCAGCUGAACCCAAAACAUCUAAAAACCAGGAGGAAGAUGUGGAGUAUUCAGCGGUGAUGAUCAAAAACACACCUUGUAGGAAAAGUUAUGAUGCUUCAGAUGAAUCAUCUGCACUGUACAGCACAGUCUGCAAAGUCAACAGAUUAUAAACAGCACUUGAAACUCCUGAUGAAUUCUUUUUAUAAACAUAAUACUUUAUGCAUUGAUCAGAAAUUAUCCUUUCCAUUACGAGAAACACAAGGGACCUUUCACUUCCUGUUUCAUAAAAAAAAAACAUGUUAAAAUUGAUUAUAUGCAAAGAUGUGUGGAUUUUAAGGUUGUUUUAUGCAUUUGUUAUUCCAUAGUGUGAUUUUGUGGUUGUUAUCCUUGUAUUUAUUAUUUGCUUUAACAUCAACCUGCCGUCGGGACUAGAGAUGGAAAUUCUCGCUAUAAUGUUAUGUAUUUACAUGUCAGUGUUCAUUUUAUGUAUUGUCCCAUUUAAAAAUAAACUUGAACUUAAAUUAA